AUGUCUGUGGAAGAAGUUACACAAAAAUUUGAAGAGACUGUUUCUGUCGACGACGAAGGUCCAAAGACUGUACUCUCGGGUACGAACUUCGAUGUUAAACAUCCUUUGAAUACAAAAUGGACGCUUUGGUACACUAAGCCAGCCGUUGAUCCAUCAGAGUCAUGGUCAGAUCUUUUGCGUCCGGUCACUUCUUUCCAGAGCGUGGAAGAGUUCUGGGCAAUCAUGCAAAAUAUACCAGAACCUCAUGAUUUACCAAUGAAAUCGGACUAUCAUGCAUUCCGUAAUGAUAUUAGACCAGAGUGGGAAGAUGAAGCCAAUGCCAAGGGUGGUAAGUGGUCUUAUCAGGUCAGAUUCAAGAAAAACGAUAUCGAUGAACUGUGGUUGAGAACUCUAUUAGCUGUCAUCGGUGAAACGAUUGAUGAAGAAGACGCUCAAAUAAAUGGUGUAGUCUUAAACGUCAGAAAGAGUGGUUACAAAUUUGCAUUGUGGACAAAAUCGGAAGACAAAGAGCCACUGGUUAAUAUUGGUGCGAGAUUUAAACAAGUAUUGAAGUUGACCGAUGCUGAUCAUAUUGAAUUUUUCCCACACUCAGCUGCAAAUGAAAAACAUCACUCACCAUCCAUUACUUUGUAA